AAUCGGUGAGCAGCCCGCCGGACCCUCGGCAGUGAGGCUCGGGCGGUGCCGGAGCGCGAGCGCGGGAGUUAGCGGUGCAGCCAUGGUGGGACACCUGAGCGAGGGGGCCAUUGCGUCCAUAAUGCAAAAGGGAGAUACAUCCAUAAAGCCUGUCCUUCAAGUCAUUAACAUCCGUCCCAUUACUACAGGGAAUAGUCCACCCCGGUAUCGACUGCUUAUGAGUGAUGGAUUGAACACGCUCUCCUCAUUCAUGUUGGCCACACAGCUGAACCCUCUUGUCGAGGGGGGGCAGCUGGCCAGCAACUGUAUCUGCCAGGUCAACCGAUUCAUCGUUAACACCCUGAAAGACGGAAGGAGAGUAGUUAUUUUGAUGGACGUGGAAGUUGUGAAGUCAGCUGAAGCAGUUGGAGUAAAAAUUGGGAACCCAGUGCCCUAUAAUGAAGGCCAUGGGCAACAGCAAGUUGUUCCUUCCCCAGCCUCAGCAACCACACCACCAGCCAGCAAGCCCCAGCCACAGAGUGGAAGCUUGGGAAUGGGUUCCACUGUGACUAAGGCUUAUGGUGCCUCAAAGCCAUUUGGAAAACCUACUGGAACUGGCCUGCUGCAGCCUUCAGGAGGGACACAGUCCAAAGUGGUGCCCAUCGCCAGCCUCACCCCUUACCAAUCCAAGUGGACUAUUUGUGCCCGUGUCACCAACAAAAGUCAGAUCCGUACCUGGAGCAAUUCCCGAGGGGAAGGGAAGCUUUUCUCUAUAGAACUUGUGGAUGAAACUGGUGAAAUCAGAGCGACUGCUUUCAAUGAUCAGGUGGACAAGUUCUUUCCCCUUAUUGAAGUGAACAAGGUGUAUUAUUUCUCAAAAGGCACUCUGAAGAUCGCUAACAAGCAAUUCUCGGCUGUUAAAAAUGACUAUGAGAUGACCUUCAAUAAUGAGACUUCUGUCCUUCUCUGUGAAGAUGACCGUAACUUACCCACAGUUCAGUUUGAUUUCACAGGGAUCGGUGACCUAGAGAGCAAGGCUAAAGACUCACUUGUAGACAUAAUCGGGAUCUGCAAGAGCUACGAAGAUUCAACUAAAAUCACAGUGAAGUCUAACAACAGAGAAGUGGCUAAAAGAAAUAUCUAUUUGAUGGACAUGUCAGGGAAAGUGGUGACUACAACUCUGUGGGGAGAAGACGCUGACAAGUUUGAUGGUUCAAGACAGCCUGUGAUGGCUAUCAAAGGAGCCCGGGUUUCUGACUUUGGCGGACGAAGCCUCUCUGUCCUGUCAUCUAGCACUGUCAUCAUGAACCCUGACAUCCCAGAGGCCUAUAAGCUUCGUGGAUGGUUUGACUCCGAAGGACAAGCCUUAGAUGGCGUUUCCAUCUCUGACCUCAGGAGCGGAGGCACUGGAGGGAGCAACACAAACUGGAAAACUUUGUAUGAGGCUAAAUCUGAGAACCUGGGCCAGGGUGACAAGGCUGACUAUUUCAGCACCGUAGCUACGGUGAUGUUUCUUCGCAAAGAGAACUGUAUGUACCAGGCCUGCCCAACCCAGGACUGCAAUAAGAAAGUGAUUGACCAGCAGAAUGGGUUGUACCGCUGUGAGAAGUGUGACCGGGAAUUUCCCAACUUCAAAUACCGCAUGAUCUUAUCGGCAAAUGUUGCGGAUUUUCAAGAGAACCAGUGGGUGACGUGUUUCCAGGAGUCUGCGGAGGCUAUCCUUGGACAGAAUACUGCGUACCUUGGGGAGCUGAAAGAAAAGAACGAGCAGGCGUUUGAAGAGGUUUUUCAGAAUGCCAACUUCCGAUCAUUUACAUUCAGAAUCAGGGUCAAGCUGGAGACCUACAAUGACGAAUCUCGAAUUAAGGCCACUGUGAUGGACGUGAAGCCUGUGGACUACAGAGACUAUGCCAAGAGGCUGAUCAUGAACAUCAAGAGGAACAUAUGAUGUGAGCAAGUGGUACUGAUGGCCAGAGUUGGAAAGUAAAGAACGGAAAUAGAACGGCUUUCUUCCCACCCGAGUGACAGCCUCACAGUGCAGAGCCGCUCAGCGCAGGCAGCAUACUUAGCACCAGACCCUCCCUUCUUCAGGCUUUUGUCGCCUUUAUUUACUAAGAUUUUGUUAUCGUCAAACAGGAAUUAUGUCAUAAGUAAUUGACCCUACUUUGUGGAUAGUGAGGUAAAUUAUGUUACUUGGGUUUGCUUUUCCUAUGGUGGCACCUUUAUGUCUUGGUUCUGCCUGGGGGAGUGAGGAUGGGGGAGAGCCCAGGUGUUUAGGGGCUGUGUCUUCUGGAAUCAAAGGCUCACUCUUUCCAAGGUACCACAUGGUUAUUAAUGCUUGGAAUGGCAAAAGGGUAGAAUUAUUAAUCAAAAGCCUAUCGUUAAUAUCUGAAGACUGUCCUUCCUUCAGGGUUUAAUAGAUUUAAUAGACUGAGUCAGAUGGGUCUGAUAUUAAUCAAAAUUGUCUCUUCUGAGGAUGGCUGAUAAGCAUUGACUUGCCGUCCCCCAGGGACAUCCAGGCAACUACAAAGCAUUGCUUGAGUUUUCACUUCAAUUAAUGUUGCAUUUGGUUGCCAGAUGCACCAACUUUACCUGCACAUUUUUUUCUUGCAUUCCUAUAUUUUAUUUUUGAUUAAAGGUGUGUUAAAUAGAGAGAAUUUUCGAAAGAAGCCCUUUGUUUCCCUUGCUUUGUUUGAAUAAACAGUAUAUCUUUG